AUGACAACCUGGCAGGACAAAACAUCCGCAGUGGGAGCAGACGGUACCACACACAAAUUCGAACAUCCUGGGUUCCAGACAUUGACCAUGUUUAUGGGCGAGUCCUUGUGUCUUGUGGUAUUUACGAUCGUAACUAAGCGUGCUGCAUACAUUGAGAACAAGCAGAAACUUACUAGUGGAAGUAGAGGAUCCUACUCGGCUAUUUCUGGUUCGAGUGCUGCAGAUAUUGUACCUAAAGGAGGACCAAACGCCAAACCACUCGUACCUGUGUGGGCAUUCGCUUUACCCACGCUUUGUGAUCUCUCCGCCACCACUAUAAUGAACGUAGGCCUGAUCUACACAACCGCAAGUGUGUAUCAAAUGAUCAGAGGUGCUAUGGUUCUCUUCACAGCUGUCUUUUCGGUUGUCUUUCUCAAGAGGACACUAUUUCUGAAACACUACAUCGGUCUUUCUAUAGUAAUUCUUGGAAUAGUUGUCGUCGGACUGGCAAGUGUGCUGUACAGUAAACCAGGGUCCGCCAUUAAUCCAGCUCUAGGGAACACCCUAGUUUUCAUGGCGCAACUGAUCGUCGCAACACAGUUCGUCGUCGAAGAGAAGUUCUUGGGCCAAUACCACGCGCCCGCUCUGCAGGCGGUCGGUCUUGAGGGGUUCUGGGGUGUAGCUAUCCUAUGCGUGAUACUUCCCAUCCUGCAGUUUGUACACAAGGGGAAUGGUGAGGUGGUCGAGAACACAGUGGAUGCCUGGGUGCAAUGCACCAACAGUUGGCAGCUGGUUGUGGGUAAUCUAGGGAGUAUCUUCAGCAUCGCCUUUUUCAACUUCUUCGGCAUCUCAGUAACGAAGCAAUUAUCGGCCACCCAUCGCACAACUAUCGACAGUUGCAGAACUAUUCUCAUCUGGGGUGUGUCCAUGGCUCUAGGAUGGGAGGAGUUCAACUCAUUGCAGCUGCUAGGGUUUUUCUUCUUGGUUAUAGGUACAUUCAUAUACAACGAGGUUAUCAAGCUGCCAGGCAUGUGCAUGCGUGGCGAGCAAGCAUUCUUGGAAGCAGAACGGAAGGUGACGGCCGAAGAACGCCGCAACCUAUUAGGAAGUCCCUACAGUCUCAAUGCUUACGAAGAAGGGUAUGUCAAGUUCUUGGUUAAAAUUUUGUUGCUCGCAAACACAGUCUAUGUUUAUUCAAUUGGUAUUCUCAUUCGCACCUGAUGCGAAAAGUCUAUUGUAAUGUUAAAUCCGCAAAACUUAGAUAUGAAAAAGGGGAGUAUCUCAUACGGUAAUAUUGGAUGAUACGAAUACAGAUUU